AGAAAUACCAUUAAAUACGAUCAGUUAAGUUUUAAAAGACAUUGCAUUUAAACUUAAUGAAAGACUAGGCCAAAAAAUUAUUAAAAUCAAAAGAUCACAGGAAAACAUUUUAAUACCUAAAAAUUAAAAUAACAAAAGAACUAUUGUUAAGUUCUUCGAAGAACAUUAAGCCGGUAAAACAAACUAAAAUAAAAAAGAAAUUCAAUUGAAAGCUCCUGGGACCUUGCACCCUCCAUCAAAUAAAACCGUCAAAAUCGGAGAAAUAAAGGCGCUAACGGCAUACCCCUAUCCCCACACCAAUUUUUAUCCGCCGGUGGACCCGAACUUGGACCCAGAUCCCGACGCCGGGAUGGUGUACUCCACAAACAUCCUGCUGGCGAUUGUGACGAUCCUGACGGCCGUGUUCAUUUGGUCCCGUCGCACCUAUGUCUACUGGCAGCGUCGUCGGGUGAAGUUCGUCCAGCCCACCCACCUGCUGGGCAAUCUGAGCCGAGUCCUUCGCCUGGAGGAGUCCUUUGCCCUGCAGCUGCGCCGCUUCUACUUUGACGAGCGAUUCCGCAACGAGCCCGUGGUGGGCAUCUACCUGUUCCACCAGCCAGCCCUCCUCAUCCGCGACCUGCAACUGGUGCGAACGGUCCUGGUCGAGGAUUUCGUCAGCUUCUCCAAUCGGUUCGCCAAGUGCGACGGGCGCAGCGAUAAAAUGGGAGCCCUAUCGCUAUUCCUGGCCAAACAACCCGAGUGGCGCGAGAUCCGCACCAGGCUAGCACCCGCCUUCGCCGGCGCCAAGCUCAAACAGAUGUUCUCGCUGAUGGAGGAGAUCGGCUGCGAUUUGGAGUGGUAUCUGAAGCGUCUCACCCGAGACUUGCGACGCGGAGACGCCGAACGGGGUGCCAUUGUUAGCAUCAAGGAUGUGUGCGAUCUGUACAACACCGAUAUGAUUGCCAGCAUCGCCUUCGGCCUGAGAUCGUAUAGCCUGCGGAAUACGCAAUCGGAGAUCGGUUCACAUUGUCAGGAUCUAUUUCGGCCGAAUGUCCGUCGAAUAAUCGACUUGUUUGUGAUCUUUUACCUGCCAAAAUUGGUGCCGUUGCUGCGGCCCAAACUUUUUACAGAGCCGCAUGCGGAAUUCCUGCGCCGAGUCAUCCAGCUGGUGGUCGAGGAGCGGGAACGUGGUGGCGAUCUGCGCAACGAUCUCAUCGAGAUGCUGCUAACGCUUAAGAAGGAGGCGGCUCUGCAGCAGGACAAGUCGCAUUUCACGCACCAUCGCGACUUUUUGGCCGCCCAGGCGGCUUCCUUUGAGGUGGCGGGCAUUGAAACCUGUUCGGCGAGCAUGUCCUUUGCCCUCUACGAGCUGGCCAAACAGCCGCUGAUGCAGUCGCGUUUGCGACGCGAAAUACGCGAAGCCUUUGCCGACGGCCCCAAUGGCAAGCUGACCUACGAGGCCCUCGUCCGGAUGGAGUUCCUCGACAUGGUCGUAGAGGAAACGCUGCGAAAGUAUCCGAUCGUGCCGCUUCUGGAGCGCGAGUGCACGCCGAUCAACAAGAAGCGCUUCUACUCGCUGAGGCCCCAUGCCGAGUGCUAUGCACGCCGUGGAAUGCCCGUGUUCAUAUCCAAUCUGGCCAUACAUCAUGAUCCUCAGUACUGGCCGGACCCCGAACGCUUCGAUCCGGAACGCUUCAGUGCGACGAACAAGCCGCUGCAGGCGCCCAUGUCCUACUUGCCCUUUGGGGCGGGGCCGCACAACUGCAUCGGGAUGCAAGUCGGUCUGCUGCAGAUCAAGCUGGGCCUAGUCUUCUUUUUGCACCGCCACCGCGUCGAGAUUUGCGACCGCACCGUGGAGCGCAUUCGAUUCGACGCCAAGUUCGCGCUGCUGGCCAGCGAACAACGCAUUUACCUCAAGGUCGACUGUUUAUAGCCACCAACGAUCCCAUCCGCCCUUCGCCAUCCGAUAUCAGCAGCAUUAUUUUGUGGGACGGCAGCAGGGCCAACCCAUCGUCGUCAUCGUCUUGUAAAUACUUCGGCCUGCCUCAAAUAAACUUUGCUACGAUCUUUUUUUUUUUUCUAAAAACCUA